CGCAGGCCGAUGAAGCAAAGAAGAGAUAUAAAGGACGUCACUUGUCUUCAUGCAUACUGCCUCUUUUCUUACCCAUCCACUCAACUCCUUUUAACACCCUUGUCCUUGAACCUUUACCACUCUCAAAAUGAAGAUUUCUUCUAUCCUCGCCUUCUCCUCCAUGGCCCUUAUCGGCGCCGACGCAUGGAGCUUCACCGUGUGGACCGAAGAUUACCAAAAGGGCAAACACAUGCACUUUAAGAGUAUGGUCGCGGACAACAACUGCUACUCUAUCCCUGAUCAAAUCACAAGGGAGCGCGUUGGAUCCUUCACUUUUUGCAGCGCUGCCUGGACUCGCUGCUCGAUUACAAUCCACAGCAAGCCUGGUUGCACUGGUGACAAACUUGGCAGUGCGACGGCCGGCUCUCCCAAGGAAUGGUACAAGAAGAGCACCAGCAAGGAAGGCUCCUAUAUGAAGAGCUUCAGAAUCCAAGGCUGCAAGAAGGUCCCUAUCGCGGACCUGGACGUCGAUGUUACCAAGUGCUUGGAUGAUCCUUCUUAUAUUCACUAAAGGAACAAAUGUAUCGGGCGAAAGCCUCUCGGAAGGGCUGGAUAUUUUCUUUCUGGUUAGGAGGUAGGACGGAAGGCUAGUUACACGACCAGAUAUGAUUGCAAACUCCGAUACCUAUUUUUGGGGAUAGAUGGUGCUACGGGAAAAGGGGGAACAUAGUAAACCUUAUGUAUCCUAGCUCUGUGAGCAUGGGAUCGACGAUAUUUUAGGAUGGAUGCUGUCAAGAUCAAGCAUCAAUACAAUCAAUUCAACUUGAUCUUUAUGUUGAUGGAGUCAAUCCUUCUCGAUGGC